AUUUUAAAGUGGAUUUGAUCUGGAAAAAAGUCUCUCUUUUGUUCCAUUAAUUCAUUAAAUAAGCAAUAAAAAAAGAAGAAAUUUGCAGAACUACAGUCCCUUUUCUCUUCUGGUGUCUUUUCACAUUAGUUGAAAUUAAUUUGUUUAUGGUAUUAUUAUUAUAGCUUUUUCAGAAUUGAUUUAUUACGACGUAAGUGGGGUCUUAUAUACAGAAGGAUUGUCAAAAUGGAGGAAUCAUCGCAUCAAAGUCCAACUUAUUCUAAUUUCUCUUCACCACCAUCUUCUCCAUCUUCCCAAACACCAUUUUCAAUGGAUAACUUGUUGGGUCUUCUCAGAAUUAAAGUCAUCCGUGGGAUGAAUUUAGCUAUUCGGGAUGUUCUUACUAGUGAUCCCUACGUUGUCGUCAAGAUGGGUAAACAGAAACUCAAGACUCGUGUGAUUAAAAAAGAUGUUAACCCUGAGUGGAAUGAAGAUCUGACUCUUUGUGUUCAAGAUCCUAAUUUGCCAGUCAAACUUACAGUGUAUGACAAGGACACAUUCAGUUUAGAUGACAAAAUGGGUUAUGCUGAAUUUGAUAUAAAACCAUUUUUAGAGGCUGUGAAGAUGCAUUUAGUAGGACUUCCAAAUGGUACCGUAGUUACAAAAGUGACCCCAGGCAGGAAAAACUGUUUAUCUGAAGAAAGCAUUAUUAUGGUGGAGGAUAAUAAAGUUGUUCAGAAUAUGAUUCUCAGGCUCAGAGAUGUUGAAUGUGGUGAAAUUGAACUUCAACUCCAGUGGAUUGAUCUGCCAGGUGCCAAGCGUGUUUAAUUAGGGGUUUCUAUAUAUGUAACGUAACACCUGAAUGGGUGCUAGUAUAUAUUCCUAUUGGAAAAACAUACUAAACUGGUUGAUGCUUCAAUGGCAGACUUCCAGGUUAGUAUUUAAAACCAGAGAAUGAUGUUUCGUGAAAUCUUUAGGCUUGUAAUUUUAGCAGUAUUUCUGAACUUAUGCACUGGUUUGGCAUUAUAGAGGUGAAUAGAAACUUGUACGAAGAAUGUGUUUCUGCUUCCUUUUACUUAUGGUCAUACCUACAAAAACGUGCAAUCUGUAAUAUAUUAGCAGUAUGUGUGCAAUUUCGUAUUUUGUUUGAACUCAAGUCAGAACUGGUCUGCCUUAGACUGUCAGAGUGUAUUUAGAAGAUGGAAAUGGAGUAGUUUUCUCUUGA